AUGGUUGAAGAUGCCAAGUUUUUAAAAAGAAAAAUACGCGGUGGUUCCAUUGACGUACAUCCAACGGAGAAGGCACUUGUGGUUCACUAUGAAACAGAAGCCACGAUUCUCGGAGAAUCGGGAAUUCCAAUGAUUGGGGAGCGUAAAGAGGGUCAAAAGAUAACAUUUAUUGAAGUAUUUGCUGAAGCGAAAGAAUCUACCACAGUUAAAAGCCAGAAAUCCUCAACUAUAUCUGAGACACUCGCUGAUCCCGGUGCAUUUGAUUCGACAGAAAUAGAUGAGGUGGCUCAUUUAACUGAUUUAGAUGAAUACUUGGAACUGUUAUAUGAAGAUAUACCGGAUAAAUUGCGGGCUUCAGCACUUAUUUUACAACUUGCCAGAAAUCCUGACAAUCUAGAGGAAUUAUUUCAAAACGAGACUCUGGUUGGUGCUUUAGCACGAGUUCUUCGUGAAGAUUGGAAGAAGAGCACAGACUUAGCAACGAAUAUAGCCUACAUCUUCUUUUGUUUCUCUUCUUUCUCAAACUUCCAUGGAGUAAUAUUGCACUUCAAAAUUGGUGCAUUAAUAAUGACAAUAAUUGAUCAUGAACUGAAGAAAUAUGAUUUAUGGAUUGACGAGCUUGAAAGGAAACAUAAACUGUCAAAUGCCUCGAAUAACAAGUCAGAGAUGCAUUCAGCUUCCAAUAGCAAAGGUUCAACAGAUGACUUACAAAAUAAUUAUGAAACAGUUCUUUCAAAAUAUAAAUCACUUGUAAGAAAACAAGAGCAGUUAUUCAGAGUCUCUUUCUACCUACUUUUAAAUAUCAGUGAAGAUCUUAACGUUGAAAUCAAAAUGCACAAUAAAGGAAUAGUCGGUAUGAUAUGUAAAUGCUUGAGUAGAGAUAACUUUGAACUGUUGAUACUGCUUGUAUCCUUCUUAAAAAAGUUGAGCAUAUUUUCAGAGAACAAAAAUGAAAUGAUUAAAAAUGGCAUAAUUGAGAAGUUAGGCAAGUUAUUAUCUCGUCAAGAAGAGGACCUAGUUAAUCUGACUUUACGCUUAUUGUAUAACCUUAGUUUUGAUACAUCAGCCCGGUUAGAAAUGGUAUCCAAAGGCGUUUUAAACAAAGUUGUUGGACUGUUAGAAAACGUACAGCAUCAAGCAGUGGCCUUGUAUAUAUUGUAUCACCUCAGUACUGAAGAUCAAUCAAAACCGGCAUUUGUGAAUACACCUUGUCUAUCCUUUCUUAUGAAAUUAAUCCUAGAAAAUCCAGAUGAAAAAUCAGAUUUAGUUCCAAUGGCUUUAGCUAUCAACUUGGUACGCGAUGAUCAAUGCUCAAAUUCUAUGCUUAAUGAAGGACGAUGUUUUAAAGUACUGGCAAAACGUGCAAUAAAAUUUCGUGAUGCAUUAAUCAUGAAAAUGCUGCGUAAUGCAACUCAGCACAAUAAUUUACUAAAGUUAAAAAUGGUGGGCUUUUUACCGGAUUUAAUAAAAAUUGUAACUGAAGAAAAAACCACUCCAAAGAAUACACUAAGAAAUCUUCAUUCUUCUCAGAAGUCUACUUUACAAAGCAAUGAGUUGAAACUAAAUAGCAAAGUGAAGUUGAAUGCUAAAGGUGACCUGAAUUCUUCUCUACGUUUAUUCGAAAAUCGUUUAAAGUCGAACAGUAAGAAAACUGAAAAUAAUAAUCGUAUUUAUAAUUAUGAUGAUGAUGAUGAUGAUGAUGACGAUGGUGAUAACGAAGAGAAUGACGACAGUGUAAAUCAUGGUGAUGAUUAUGAUGACGAUGAUGAUGAUGAUGAUGACGGAGAUGAUUAUAAAUCCAAAGAUGAAGACUUUGUGUUUGAAUGUUUAGGCUGUCUAGCCAACCUUGAUCUUAGUGAUAUUCAUUACAGUAAAGUGAUUAGUGAAUUUAAGCUGCUUAAAUGGAUUAAAAGUCGUCUAGACAGUGCUGAAGCUCGAAAAUCACACGAUUUUAUGGAAGAUGAUGUUAUCUUGGAGAUUGUACGCUUGCUUGGUGCCAUUUGUCAAGAUCCUGAUGCUGGUCGAAUGGUUGUUGAAGCUGGCAUUGUACAUAGUUUGAUUGGUUUGUUAAAUGCUAAACAAGAAGAUGAUGAAAUUGUAUUUCAAAUUGUUUUUACGUUUUUCCGAUUAAUCUAUCAUGAAUCGGCAAGAAAUCUAAUAGUUAAAACAACGCAAGCUGUCGCCUAUCUUGUCGAUCUAAUGCAUGACAAAAAUGCUGACAUUCGAAAACUAUGCGACAUUACUCUGGACAUUAUCUGCGAAUAUGAAUCUGACUGGAGGAUAAGAAUCCAAACAGAACGCUUUCGUUGGCAUAAUAGUCAAUGGUUAGAGAUGAUCGAUACUUCGGCUAAUUCUGGUCUUCUUGACAAUUCAGACACGACAACAGAAGCUGCACUAGCAGCUGUUCUUGGCAUUGGUCAUGCACGAUCACAAUAUCAUCCAAAUUUGUUAACGGGUGAUGAAUUGAACAGUAUUGUUCAUGAAGACGAGAAUGAAAACCGAGGAUACUUUGGCAUGGGACUAGGCAUUGAUGAUGCCGCCGCAUUCUUGUUGUCAUUAUCAAAUGCUGAGGGGCGUAAAAGAUCUGCAGGAAGUGAUAAUUUACUCGGUAUCCCUUAUGAAGAAAGUGAUUAUAUGAAUCAGUUAAAUAUGUUGUAUCCCGAUAUGUACGGUGAUGCUGAUUUCUUAUCAAGUGAAAGAGUAAGUCCAGCUAUGACGGCAGCAAGUCAUUAUGAUGAUUCAGAUUCUGAUGCUACUCAAAAAGAAACAGAUUCUCAAAGUCAUUCAAAUUAUGAAAAUGUCAAACAAGACGAUAGGAUACUCAAAUUAAUGCCGAAAUCUUUUGAUAUGCAAAACUCAAGCAAUAACAAAUUAAAAAAAUAA